AUGCCAUCCAGACAGAGGAAGACCUGGAAACUUUGGAGCCACGUAAGCCACGGCCACGGCCACAUGGGCAAGCACAGGAAGCCCCCGGGGGGCCGAGGUAAUGCUGGUGGCUUGCGUCAUCACAGAAUCAGCUUCGACAAAUCUCACCCAGGUUACUUCAGAAAAGUUGGUAUGAGGCAUUACCACUUAAAGAGGAACCAGAGCUUCUGCCCAAUUGUCAACCUUGAUAAAUUGUGGACCUUGGUCAGUGAACAGACGUGGGUAAAUGCUGCCAAAAACAAGACUGCAGCUGCUCCUAUCAUUGAUGUGGUGCGAUCGGGCUACUACAAAUUUCUGGGGAAGGGAAUGCUCCCAAAGCAGCCUGUCAUUGUGAAGGCCAAAUUCUUCAGCAGAAGAGCUGAAGAGAAGAUUAAGGGAGUUGGUGGAGCCUGUCUCCUGGUAGCUUGAAGCCGCAUGGAGGGAAGUUCCCAAAAGCAGCUUGUAAAUUCUUCAGCAGAAAUGCUGAGGAGGAUAUGAAGGUAUUGGCAAGGCUGAAGAGCUGAGAAAAUUGAUGGUGUUGGUGGAGUCACA